UAGGGACCAGCUGGAAUGGGUCAUCCUGUGGAGAAACGUGACCUGUAUGAUGCUGAUCACGGGAAGAGAGUACUAAGCAUGGCUCCUGGACUCGAACGACUCAACAUUCUUCCUUUCAGGGUUGCUGCUUACGAUAAGACACAAGGCAAGAUGGCUUUCUUUGAUCCCACUAGGGCACAGGAUUUCUUGUUCAUUUCUGGCACUAAGAUGAGAGCAUUGGCAAAGAACAGAGAGAACCCUCCAGAUGGAUUUAUGUGCCCUGGAGGCUGGAAGGUGCUUGUGGAUUACUACGACAGUUUGACUGUAACCGGAAACACCAAACUCCCCGAAAAGAUUCCGGUUUAAGACCGAUAAACCCAUUUAUUUGUUUUCAUUUUAGUAAAUUAAUAACAUGAUAGUUUUUUAAGAACUCAACAUAAUGAUUGAUCCAUCUUAUUGUAAGAUUUGGAAAGCUGAUAUGAACAAAGGUAACACAAAUCUUACAUAUAAACUAAAAUAAAAAAAGCAGAGCGUAGAGAUAUAUGAA